AUGGUGGCAGAAAAGGUGAUCGGUCCUGCAACCCAGUGCCAUAGGCAGAUUGAAUUGGUAGUAAGCUACAUAUAUAGUUCCAGUCCAAACCUCACAUGUGUAUGUCUUGGCUCCUUGAAUCAAUUUUAUGCAUUUUUAAAAUGUGUAAAUGUCGAUGUGGGAGUGUCAUUGGAGAUGUUAGAAGCCCUGUCGCAACAAGUCAACCUUUGGACCACUUUUUUCAGGAAGAAGAGCUUGGACCGUUUCUGGGAGAAAAGAACGGACGACAUGUCAUCCAUGAGAACCCCUCAACAAGUGAGAGCAUUCAACACUUCAGAGGUUGCAGAGGAGGCACUCAAUUUUGUUGGAUAUAACUAUGUUUAUGGAUGUACAUCUCCAACCAGGGCCUAUCGAAGUGUUAAAGAGAACUAUAGUGGGAAUGUUAAUCCAAUGAAUAAUAACAAAGUACGAAAUAGCAACAUUUGUAUAGAUCGAAGGAAGCUCUUGUCCUUUCGUAAUUUCACUGCGAAGCCGUCUGCAGCUAUACUGACAUACAAACCGCCUUAUUCAUCAACCCAUCCAGUGACCUCAGCUGCAUUUCUCUCCGAGUUUGCAGACUACAUGGAGUCAUUCAUUAUGUGUACUGAGCCCAUAAUAAUUACUGGUGAUUUUAACUUUCAUGUGGAUAAUGCUAAUGAUCCAAGUGCUGCUGCAUUUAUGGACUUGCUUGAUUCUAUGGAUCUUGUGCAGCAUGUGAGCUCAAGCACACAAGUGUCUAGACAUACACUUGAUUUAAUCAUUACGCGUAAAAUGGACACCAUAAUCACCAGUCCACCUAUCAAUGACACCUUCUUAUCUGAUCAUUCCACUGUUUUGUGUGAUUUAAAACUUACCAGAGCCACGGUUAAGCCAGGGGAAACAUCAUACCGGAAACUUAAAGGUAUCGACUUUGACUUGUUUAAGAAAGACAUACUUUCCUCCACACUAUGCCAAACUCCUCCUGAUAACCUAGAUGGAUUAAUUGGUUGUUAUAAUACCACGUUAAGUAUUGUCCUUGAUAAGCAUGCACCUCGUCGUACCAGAUGUGUUCUGUUGAGGCCGCAUGUUCCAUGGUUCUCCAUGGAAGUCAGAGAUGCCAAACGGCAACGAAGGCAUGCUGAGCGUAGAUGGAGAACCUCUAAGUCUGAAGGCGAUUGGAGACUGUUUAAGGCUGCAAGGAACAGAGCCACUUACCUCAUGAACAAAGCAUGCACGGACUUCUAUACUAACUUAAUCAAUGAAAACUCGAACGAUCAGAAAAAAUUGUUCUCAAUUACAAGAAGUCUUUUCAAUCAAACACACAUGCUACAUCAUUUCCUCCUUGCUGCGACAAGUCUAGGCUCGCUAAUGAAAUGGGGUCGUUUUUUGUCAAGAAAAUCAUGGACAUCUGUAGGGAACUGGAUACUGAUAAAGAUAAGAAUAUGCCCCAUUUACAUGUUAAUUCAACCCUAGUAACUUCGCAGUGCUCUACAUCACUGACAGAGUUUGAUCUUCUUGAUGGGGCUUCAGUGAGGAACUUAAUUGUAGGUGCACCUACUAAAUCGUGCUCGCUCGAUCCAGUACCAACAAAAAUCGUGAAAGAAUGUUUGGAAGAGCUUUUGCCCGCUCUAACAAAAAUAAUUAAUGGGUCUCUUUCAUCUGGAGUUUUUCCAGAUGAAUGGAAGGAUGCCUUAUUGUUACCAUCCUUGGAAAAACAGAACCUGGACCUAGUGUUCAAGAAUUUUCGACCUAUCAGCAAUCUGCAAUUUAUAUCUAAGUUGACGGAAAAAGCAGUUGCUGUUCAAAUGCAGUCGUAUAUGGCUGCAAACCAGCUUUAUCCAGUGCUCCAGUCCGCAUAUCGUCACCAUCACAGCACAGAGACAGCAUUGUUGAAGGUGAAAAACGACAUCUUAAUGAGUAUGAAUAAUUAACAUGUUACAUUAUUGGUACUAUUAGAUCUUAGUGCCGCUUUCAAUACAGUUGACCAUGCUAUUCUCCUGGAGUGUUUACAUAAUGACUUGGGUGUAUCUGGAACAGUGCUCUUGUGGUUCUCUAGUUAUCUUUCUAACAGAACACAAACAGUCUUAAUUGAUGAUGCUUACUCAGACAAGUUUGAUGUGAAAUUUGGCGUGCCUCAGGGGUUGUGUCUUGGUCCUCUUCUUUUUACUGUUUACACCAGUGAACUGUUUAGGAUCAUUGAAAACCAUCUUCCUAAUUGUCAUUGUUAUGCUGACAACACUCAACUUUACCUUGCUUUCAAGCCUGGAUCUGAUUAUGACCAAGCUGCUGCUGUAAGUGCCAUGGAAUCGUGUAUCGGCGACAUACGUAGAUGGAUGCUAUCUAAAAAGCUAAAGCUAAAUGAUGAUAAAACAGAGUUCUUGAUCAUCGGUACGAGACAACAGCUUGGGAAAGUUAACAUCGAAGAACUUUGUGUGGGCAGCCAUUUUAUUAAACCGUCUUCUGUGGUCAAGAACUUAGGCUCCUGGUUCGACUCCAAGUUAAAUAUGCUGGUCCACAUAAACAAGACGUGUAGCUCCUCCUUUUUCUAUCUGUAUAAUCUUCGCAGAAUCAGGAAGUAUCUGACCCGCCAAGACACUGAGUGUUUAGUUCAUGCAUUCAUCGGCAGCAAGGUAGACUAUUGUAAUGGCCUGCUGUAUGGUCUACCCAACUUAAACUUCAACAUGUACAGAAUGCUGCUGCGAGGCUUGUCACCGGCUCGCCUAGAUUCUGCCACAUAACACCAGUUCUGGAGUCGCUUCAUUGGUUACCUAUUAAAUAGCGAAUCCACUUUAAGAUUGUCUUGUUGACUUUUAAAUGUAUAUAUGGUUUAGCUCCUCAAUACCUUGUGAAACUUAUAUCUAUUAGGACAAACUCCAGAUAUAGUUUGAGAUCAUGUGAUAGCCUAUCUCUUACACCACCUAGUGGAAAAUGUUUGGCUACACUUGGUGAUAGAGCAUUUCAGUCGGCUGCUCCAAAAUUCUGGAACGGUUUACCUGCUAAUAUUCAUUGCAUUAACUCGUUUUCGUCAUUCAAAACAGCAUUGAAGACAUAUUUAUUUAGACUAGCUUUUAGGUCUUGAAUGAUUUAUUUUAACAAUAUUUUAUCAUAUGAGUAGUGUUAGGUUCAUUGUUGUAAUGCGCAUGUGAACAUAUUUCCAUGCUAACAUGUGCAAUAUAAAUUCAAUAUAUUAUUAUUAUAUCUUAAAUCGGAGGGAAUCUUAAAAUAUAGAGGUUGACGUGGAGGAAUAAGACAAGAUAGACAGGCAAUUAAUAAAAUAGCUGUAGUGAAUGGUCGUUGACCUUUGGUCGAGAAUAAUCGACAACAGACUCAUUGUAGUUGUUUAAUUCACAUAUCUUGUGUGCAACUGAGUUUGCUAUCCCUAAGUCUCUGUUUAAUAAUAUCUGUGGCUUAGCAAAAGUUAAAAACAGAGUACAGGCUCCAGUUGCGCUGGAGGCGGACUUUCGAAAUCACAACAUCGAUGUUGCUGUUGUUUCUGAAACCCAUCUUGCUACGGAUAUGCCCAAUUUGAUUGUGAAUAUUCAAAAUUAUAUUUUAUUCAGGCGAGAUAGAGGCUGGUCUGACUUGGACAGAAGGAAAAAUGGUGGAGUGGCUAUAUAUAUGUGAGGAAGAAUCUGAAUGUUUUGGAUAUUUAUCACUCUAGAUUAUAUGAAUUAAUAUGCUUGACUUUGUUAUUGCCUUGUGGUCUUUAAGGAUGCAGAUUUAAUGAAUUAUUUAAUUUAUUUUGUUGAUUGUGUGUUAGAGAAAAAUCCUAACAUGGUGGUUCUAUGUGGUGGUGAUCUCAAUCAAUUGGACAUACAUGAAAUCAAGACACUGUCAGGAUGGAACGUUCUAGUUGAUUUUCCAACGAGAGCUGCUUCAUACUUCGAUAACUGUUUAACUAAUCAGCCCGAUCUUUUUGGAAAGGCAUAUCCUAUUCAUAUGUUAACGAAAACCGAUAACAAAGGCUUUGUUCUACCAGCUGGAACUAAAUUAAAGCCCCUUCGGCGUAAACCCCAACUAUGUGACUGUAGAAAACAUUGA